AUGACAAACAAUGCAGCAGCUGGGAACAGAGAUGGGAAACUGAGUCAGGGUGAGUCCAAUAAUACGCUGAUGCGCGUGACGGAGAAAGGCAGGAACGGCAGCAAUCAAAGUGUCAAUGACAACAUCAUCAAUGGACUUGUAGUGCUGGUGAAGUUGAAUGGGACGACUAAAAAUGUCUCAUUGAGCUUCGAUAAGGUGAACAAGUCGCUCACAUACAAUCCUCAGUGUGUUUUCUGGAACUUCAGCCUUUUUAACAGCCUUGGAGGAUGGGAUAACACAGGAUGUAAAGUGAUGUCUAAUGAGGAGGGCCAGGUCACCUGUCACUGUAACCAUCUGACCUCCUUCUCCAUUUUGAUGUCAACUUCCAUUCCGAAAGAGAUUCAAGAUGCUUUGGAUAUAAUCACUUAUGUUGGAGUUGGCAUAUCGAUGGGUAGCUUAGUCAUUUGUCUCAUCAUUGAGGCUUGUGUGUGGAAGGCCAUGACCAGAAACAACACCUCUUACAUGCGCCAUGUCUCCAUUGUGAACAUCGCUGUGUCUCUCCUGAUUGCUGACAUUUGGUUCAUUAUUGGUGCAUCAAUAUCAAAAAAUACCCUUGAAAACCCAGGCGAAGACACCACAACACCUAUACCGGCAUGUACUGCAGCUACGUUUUUCAUUCACUUUUUCUACCUUGCUCUGUUCUUUUGGAUGCUGAUCUCAGGCCUUCUCCUUUUCUAUCGGACCGUCUUGGUUUUCUCCCAUAUGUCAAAAUCAACUAUGCUGGCUAUUGGCUUCUCAGUAGGCUAUGGGGCACCUCUUAUCAUUGCUGUUAUUACUGUGGCAGCAACAGCUCCAAGUGGUGGAUACAUCAAGGAAAACCAGGCAUGUUGGCUCAACUGGGACAAGACAAAGGCUCUCCUUGCUUUUGUGAUCCCUGCCCUGACCAUAGUGGUCAUCAACUUUUUGAUCCUGAUUGUGGUUCUGUACAAAAUGCUGAGGAGAGGCGUGGGGGAUGCUACCCAGCCAGAUGAGAGAAAUGCUGUUGUGGUCAUUGCCAGGUGUCUGGCCAUUCUGACUCCAUUCUUUGGCCUUACCUGGGGACUGGGAGUAGGAACCAUGGUUGAUCCAACAAAUAAGGGAAUCCAUAUUGUAUUUGCCCUCUUCAAUUCACUACAGGGUUUCUUUGUUUUGGUGUUUGGAACACUUUUAGACGGCAAGAUCCGGUCAGCUAUAGCAGGAACGUUCUCUUCCAUCCUCCCAGGCUCUGACCGUACGAGGAGCCCAAUUCACCAAGUAGCCUUUGAAACGAUCCGUUGGACGUUCAACCUCAUCGUCAACCAUCUCCUCGACAUCAUCACCCUCAUCAUCAACCUCAGCCUGACCUCCACCUUCUCCUACAACUUCAUUGUCCAUCAAAGCAUCCACAAACAGUUCAUCCUCAGUCCUGACCACUGA